AUGUCAACAUUACCAGGUAGCCAUGGAUAUCCUUCCAGAAGCGAAGAGCCCAGCAGAAACAAUCCCGAGAUCGAAACAUCGAUGGCGCAUUAUACAGUAUUUGUCGAGAAACGCACAACGAAAGUUGCCGAGAUUCAAUCCGAAACCCUCUCAAAAUUAGUGAGCGAGGCAUAUGAUAGAGCGAAUAGAUAUAACUAUGUUACAGGAGAAGCUAGGGAGCAAUAUCUAUACACGACAUUGCCCAAUGAUAUCACCAAGACGUUAACAGAAAGCAUGAUUCAGAAUCUGGAAGUACAAAGACUGACAAGCGAGCUGGACGAAUAUCAUAAUGUUUUCUCCAAUAUGCUGCUAAAUGGGACAGAAUAUUCGCCCAACGUCACGUCAGCUUUGGGCAAGAUGUCCGAAAGGUUAUCAGCACAGUAUUCGAUGCUCAAAACCGCUCGUGUUGAAAAUGUAAAACAAAUGUUACAGAAGAUGGACUUUAGCCAUUCUACCCAAGAUAAAUGA